GUUGAGACUGCUAAACAAUCUGUCACUGUUAAAACCAUGUUAGAAGAUUUGGGUAUGGAUGAGGAUGAAGAUGAACCUGUUCCACUGCCUAAUGUUAAUGCUGAUAUAUUAAAGAAGGUAAUUCAAUGGUGUACCUUCCAUCGGGAUGACCCUCCACCACCUGAAGAUGAUGAAAACAAAGAAAAAAGAACAGAUGAUGUUUGUUCCUGGGAUGCAGAAUUUCUUAAAGUUGACCUGGGCACCUUGUUUGAGUUGAUUUUGGCUGCCAACUACUUAGAUAUCAAAGACUUGCUUGAUGACCAUCGCAAUCCACUUCAGUUGCAAGCAUGGAAUUGUUCCCACGGGGCUGCCUACAGCACGGCUGUGGGGCUGGGCUUGGCGCCCAAGCAGCUGUCAGCUGUCCGUAUAAUCUCUGCUACACCUAUCCUCACAUGA